CCAUGACUAGCUCAGCAGCAUCCUCUGCGGCUUUGUCAGGGACUAAUGGGAUGAGUGUGGGAAUGCCAACUAGUUCCACGAGUUCCUCGGGCACUUCCGGGUCUACAGGUUCUAGAGGGUCUUUUAGUCAAAUGGCAGGCUCGCAGUUCAGCCCCAUGACCGCACGAGAGCGGAAGCUCAGAGAGAUCCAACAGGUUGAGAGGCUCCGCCAACAGUUAGAGGAGGAUCUGAAGAAAGCAACCAAUAGAGAAAAAGAGAUAAAAAGUAGAGCAACCAGACUUGAUACGUUAGAGGCUAACAAGGCUGCGUUACAGGGAUUGGACGAAUCAAGUGUGUCUGACCCCCUGAAAGUGUCGAGGGACAACAUGUUGUCACUGCACGCGCAUGUGGACAGCAGGAUGGACUUCAUGCAAAGCACUUUAGACCAGAUCCUGGAUGCAUUGACAAAGCCAGGAUUCCGGCCACCAGCACAAUCGCCGUUGCCGUUAACGGCGAUGUCAAGCCCCUUUGCCGUACAAGCUGGCACACAACCAAGUGGUACGUCUGCAGCAGCAACACAGACUGUUGCAUCUUCUUCUUCGGGUCCAGUGGUGAUUGCUACAUCACCACAACAACCUGUUCAGCAAUCUGGACAGCAGCAAGGUCAAUGGUACCCCAAGACCCCAAUGAAACCGCCUCUUGCCUUUUCAGGCGAGAGAAAGGACGAGGAACUCAACACAUGGUUGAGGACGGUCCCGGUUUGGGUGAAGGCCAAAAUGACCUUGCCAGAGGAUGAGGUGGUAACUGCGGCAUCUUACCUAGAGGGUAAAGCAGCCAAAUGGUUAGAUGGGGUCGUUGUGAAAGCCGGGUACGGGCGGCACAUGGCAGAUUGGGCUAAGUCUUUGACUCUAGACCAAUUCAUGGAGAUGGUAGAAGCUCGAUGGCAUAACCCACAGGAGGCUCAAAGGGCCACUGAUGCCAUUAACAAACUUGACCAACGCAAGUUCAGUGAUUCUGCUGGACAGUCACAGGGUGGUCCCCUUGCGAUGGCAGUCGUUGCGGAUGCAGGCUGGCUGGAAUGCCAACUCCCUGACAUGAAGUAUAAGAUGAAGAAGAAAAUUGCGCAGCUGACGAAGGUUAUUCAUCACUUGAACAACAAAGCAGAGGAACAGGAUUUUGAGCUGCAGGACGUCGCAGGCCAGUACGAGAGCGAAAUCGAACACAUCUUGAAGGAGGCCGCCGACAAGAUGUCCAUACUGAGGGAUGCCAUCGAAACACAGAAAGAGGAGAAAAAGAUGUCGGAGAUGAUGCAGGUUUUAAUAGAAAAACAUGAAUUGGAGAAAAAACAAGCAAUGGAGGAGCUUGCGAGUUACAAAAAGGUUGGUUGAAUGUGGUCUUUUGAAGGGAAAAUAAAACAAAGCAUGACAAGUAGC